GAGGAGGCUGCAUGGAGAAGGGGAGGGAGGGGUCACUUAUCAUAAAUAAAAAGGUCUCCACUUUAGCAGUGUAGAGUGUAGGAACAUUGGGAGAAGAGAACCUGCCACAUCAGAAAAAGUCCUAUGUAACAGAGGGCAGCACAGAUCAUUAUAUUACACUUGCUUGCAGUUUGGGGCUUGAUUCCAUACAAACAGAGGGUAAGGCAGGAGCAAAAAGCAAGAGAUAAGACGUAAAAAUGCGGACCCUCAUCAUCCUUGCACUCCUGGCUGUUCUCAUGGUGACAGCUUUCUGCUAUGAGUCUCAUGAGAGCAUCGAAUCACAUGAAUUUACAAGUCCUUUCCUUAAUAGAAGGUAUGCCAACGUCUUUAUGAGACCCCCACCAGACAACAGGAGAAACUUUUAUUGGCACGAAAGGAUCCGGGAGCGUAGGAAGACUACCCAGGAACUCCAACGGGAGGAAUGUGAAGAUUAUAAUCCCUGUGAACGUUAUGCUAUGCGCCAUGGCUACGUUGCUGCCUACAAACGGUUUUUUGGGCAGAGGAGAGGAGAGUGAAACCAUUACUUUCCCAGUGCCUGGAGCCUGGAUUUUGUAGCUACAAAGAGUGACCUCUUUGAAAUGUAUUGUUGCUUCUUAACUGCAUAUUAUUCCACCUCUCGCUUCAUUCUUUUGUAGCCAGUGAUUUCUAGUAUCUGUUAAUUAGCACAAUGCUGAUGUAAUGGUGGUUGGGCAGAGAAAGGAUGCAGAUUUUCUUAUGAAAUAAACAAUAUGGUUUGUUCAUGA